AUGGCUCCUGACACAUCGUUAGGACACGAUACAGGGAAGCCCCGUCUGGCCCCUCCCCGGAACGUGACACUGCUGUCCCGGAACUUCAGUGUAUACCUGACAUGGCUCCCAGGGCCUGGCUACUCCCAGAAUGUGACCUAUUUUGUGGCCUAUCAAAGCGCUCCGACCCCCAGACGGUGGCGAAAAGUGAAGAAGUGUGCAGGAACCAAAGAGCUGGCAUGUUCUUUGAUGUGCCUGGAGAAACAAGACCUGUACAACAAGUUCAAGGGCCGUGUAUGGGCGGUUUCUCCCAGCGCCAGGUCCCCCUCGGUGGAGUCCAAGUACCUGGAUUACCUUUUUGAAGUGGAGCCAGCCCCACCCGUCCUGGUGGUCACUCGGACAGGGGAGAUUCUGAGCAUCAAUGCCACCUACCAGCUGCCCCACUGCAUGCCCCCACCGGAUCUGAAGUAUGAGGUGGAUUUCUGGAAGGUGGGAAUCCGGAACAAGACGCGAUUUCCCGUCACUCCCCGCGGCCAGCCAGUCCACAUCCCCCUGCAGCCAGCCGCCAGUGGACACUAUUGCCUCAAUGCCAGAACCAUCUACACCUUCGGUGAUCCUAAAUACAGCAAGUUCUCCAAGCCUACCUGCUUCUUCCUGGAGGCCCCAGGAGCCCCCUGGGUAUUCCUGGUGCUGCUACCACUUCUGCUCCCCCUGCUGUUGGUCAUUGCCAUAGGCUGUGUGAUCUGGAAGAGCUUCAGAGAGAACCCCUGGUUUCAGCGGGCGAAGACGCCGUGGGCCCUGGACUUUUCUGGAUACAGAUACCCCGUGGCAACCUUUCAGCCCAGUGACCCCGAGUGCCCAGAUACGUUGAUCCUCUGUCCACAAGAGGAACUGACCAGAAGGGUCAGGCCAAGCCCUGGAGUCAGGACCCCAGCCACCGUCCAGGCAGGAUCAGAGAAGAACAGUGCUGAGGAGGAGGAGGACGAGGACGAGGACGAGGACACAGACGACAACGUCAGCUUUCAGCCCUACCUUGAACCACCCCCCUUCCUAGGGCAGGAGCACAAGAUCCCGGGGCACUCUGAGGCAGGUGGCACCUGCAGUCCUCCUGUCCAGCUCGAAGGCUCCUCUGCUACGGAUGCUUCAGACAGGAGCUGGGCCAGCACGGGGGGCUCCUCCCCCUGGGAUGAGCCUGGGUCCUCUUGCUAUCUGGGCAAGAAGACGCCAGGCCAAGGGCCGGCUGGGGACGGGUGUCAGGAGCCUCUCCCACUGCCUGAAUUCUCCAAGGAUGUGAGUUUGCCAGAAGAUGCCCUGAAGGAUGACCUCCCCUCCUGGGCCAGCUGGGGCUGUACUUCACCAGGGCUGAAACUGGUCCCUGGAGAGCCCCCAGUUUCUCUUCACACGCUGACCUUUUGCUGGGACAGCAGCCCUGAAGAGGAAGAGGAGGAGGAGGAGGAGGAAGGAGGAGAAGGAUGGGGAAGAGGGAGGGAAGCAGAAAUUGAGGAUGACAGUCCUGGCAAUUGGGGGGCUGGGAGCCUGCGGAAGACGGAGGUCGGAGGUGGGACACUGGGACAUUACAUGGCCAGGUGAGUUGUUCCCCAGCCUCCCUCCAAGACUGGUCCACUGAGCUUUCCUAGGACCCGAGAUGCCACCAAGACUUGAGAGCCUGGGAGCAUCACCGCUGAGGCUGCAGAGGGUUCUUGCAGCAUUUUGGGAACCCCAGAGUUGUUGUCAAUUGGCUUGAGCAGUAAGAAGCUACCCCGUCCUUUUUGACUCACUGGCUUUGGGCUGAGCUCCAGGAGGGGUGGAGACAAGAAUGGGCUGAGAUCAGAGGUUGUCUGGGUGUCGCAUCACUCCCCUGCCUUUGGGGUGGCAGGCCAGUUAGAAAAAUCAUCCCUGGACAACAUGAAACGGGUCAAGUCAGGUCACAGUGGACACCAAGGGUUAGCAUCCACAGGGGGCCAUCUGGAUCUGGAGGAAGGGAAUUCGGAGCCCGUCUUUAUCAAUGUCACGCCUUUCUCCGGCACCUGCUGAGCUCCCCGUCCCCCAGGUCUCAGCCUCCUGGUUUAUGAGUCCUCUAGGGUGGGCCCCAGUGAAGAAAAAUCUAGGAAGCAGGGGAUGUUGGAGGGGAAGGAAAUGGUAGUCAUUAUUCAAAUCCCAGCCUCUGACUCAUGGAAUUACACAGCUUUUAAGGUCAGACGACGUGGGUUCAAAUCCCAGCUCGGCCAUUUACCAGUCAUGUGACUUUGGGUAAGCCACCUUCCUUCACUGUCCCUGGGUUUUCUCACCUGCAGCUGAGGGUCCCAAGAGUGAGAUGUGUAGUAUGGUGCCUGUCACAUCCCUGGUGCUCUCUGCAUGGUGGCUGGUAGGAUUCUCCAGCCUCCCAGGCUCUGAGAGGACUGCUGGGCAUCUUAAACUGUGACCCCUAAACUGUGAGCAACUAGCAUUCACCUUUCAUCUGGUCUCACCUCUAAUCUGCCUCCUGCCUUCUACCUUCACUUCCUCUCUCCUCCUGCUCGGGAAACUGCACUCUCAGAAGCCAGAACCCAGCCAAGAGGGACCCUGCCCCUCUCCCCAUUCCCAGAAAAGAAGGAACCAAAUGAUCCACCUUCCAGGGGUCCGAUUUGUUGGGGUUGGGGUCGCAGCCCAGCAGAGAAUUGGCCUCCUGGUCCUGUGAUCCCUGUUUUAGACAGCACUUUAGACUCUUCAAUUAUGAAGAAGUCCCAUUUUCCCUUCCAGCUGUGAGAAUCCAGUGUCUUCUGGCAGCAGGUAUGUGAAAAGGUGGGGGAGAAGCAGUAAAGUAUCCCCCAAACUGAGAAGGCACUCUGAGACUGGAAAUGGAGCAGGCCACUGCAUACGGUUUACCCAGAGUUUUAUUCAGGGUGACGCACUGACGGGGGGAUUGGACGGAGGGUAAUCCGUGCAGAGGCAUAGUUAUUUGGCAAAAGUCCACAAGUGUAUUAGAGCCAGGGGACGCUCAGAAGGGCGUUGUAGUGAGGUCAGAGGGUUCGCACACACCUCAGAGGGCUGGAGCGCACCUCAUUGACAGUUAACCUUUCCUUAGACCCUGUGGCGCCACAGGUGUGUCAGGAAGGGGAAAGACUGUUAUCUCUAACAGGUUCAUGGGAGGCCAAAACAUACCUCCCCCCAUCCUGGCCCUGGUGGGCAUUACUAAGGUAUGUAUAUUAAUCUCCAAGGUCUUAGAACACAUAGCCUCAAGAGAGGUCAUGGAGCGAACAGGAACAAGAUGGAGGGCCAAAGAUGGAGUCGGUAUGGUCAGAGCUCCUACUGUCCUUACCUGGGGGGUGGUGAAGGGUGUUCUCAAACAACUGCCUUGUCAACCUAUACCCACCAGUGCAUGGGCAAGCAGAGCUGAGUUUUCACCCACAGGGACCAAGAUUUUUGUCAUUUUGUGACUGGGAUCUGAACCAUCAUGGUUCUGUGACCUCGGCCCUGCCAUUUAACUGCCAGGACUUAACAUUUCUCCAUUUGUGAAGAAAGCAUCUUCGUAGCCAUUUUACCCACAGCGCUGUGGUGUUUUGAAGGCAACAUGAAGGUUUAACAUGAAAUGAAAGAUCUGGAAAAGGGCAUCUGCUCCAGGGGUUCUCAAGCCACAUUCCCAAAAGGUCUUGGGUUUCAUGGGAGGAGUCUCAAUUGCAGGGGCCACGGUGGGCCAAAGGAUCCCCCACUUCAAUCAGAGCGGCCUCCCUGAGCCCUGGUGUACCCCCAUGGCCUCCCUUCCGUGUGAGGCUGUGCUCGGGGGCUCCUCUGCUCAAGAAAUUAGCAAACCACCUGGUUAAUUGAGUACCUGUCUUUCAUUUCAAACGAAGAAAUGUCGACUCGCUAUGUAUGUCCUUAAGGGUGAGAUCUUUGGUCUCUGGCCAGCUGGGCCAACCCCUGUGCCCUUGGCCGUGUCAACAAAGUGCCAGUCUCAGCAAGGAUUUCCAGAAGCACAAAGCUGGCAAGAGGCCUUCACCACUGCUGGGACUGAGCAACCAUGCGCAUGCUCGCAGGCACACACGCUCGCACAUGCGCAUGUCCACAGGGGCUGAGGCUUGCCCACAUCCCUAAGCACAGAGAAGAAGAAACUCAGCAUGCUGCCGUUCCCUCUGGGACCCAGCUGGGCAGCUUCAUGGAAGUAGCUGCGAAAAACUAAAGGCUGCCAUCGCUAUUGUCUUAGGCCUCUAUGAAGGAACCGCUUUCUCUCUUUUCCUAAACCAUGUUAUUUUUUUUUAAACCUUGUUAUUUUUUGAGCAUUGUUUUUCAAAGCUUCAUUUCUGAGAGUGGCUGAGCUUUUUAAUAAUUCUCAAUGCCAGCUCUUUUAUCCUCAUUAAGUCACUAACAAAAAGCCAUGGGAAGCAUUAAGAAAGUGCAUGAUACUCAGGAUCAUAACUUGUCAGGUAUGCUCAGCACCUAGCUGCUUGCAGGGCCUCCCCCUGCACACAGCAGCGGCCGGGAGGCACCCAGCAUGAGCCGCGGGGCCAGCGGGAAGGAUGUGCAGGGGAUGCCCAAUGCUAAAGCAAUAUUAUGAUUGUUUAGCGCCCUGAGAUUAUGCAUUGUUCUUAGGUAUUUGUAUCCAUGUCUAAUUUUGUCCUAUGUUGAUAUCAUAUUUAAAUAAUUUCCUAAUGGUCUCGGGUAAUUACCCUAAAUUGUUCUAAAUAAAAAGCUCUAUUUUUAGAGAAAACGGCA